AAAAUGUCCAUAACAACGCUCUACACUUCAGCCUCAUGUAAUCGGACGCCGGAUUCAUUGGAUUGGGGCGAUGAUGGGUUGAUUUACUUCGCCGCCAACAACGCUAUUGCCGUGUUUGAUCCAAAGUACCAUGGCUCCGUAAAAAUCGUGCGCACGCUGACGGGACACACGGCUAGGGUGAAUACAGUGCGAGUAGUUCACAAUGCUAGCGAUUGUCUCGGAGGAAUCGACCUCAUCAGUGGUUCCGACGAUAGUACAUGUAUACUGUGGAACACCAAGGAUGCAUCCGUACCUCUAGCAAAUGCGCGAUUUGUGCUGAAAGGCCACACGAACAGCGUGACGGUAGCAGAAGCUUUUGUUGAUACAACGCACAAUCUGAUCGUCGCUACGGGGUCAGUGGAUAGCUCGAUCAAGUUGUGGCACGCUGAAAAUGAAACCGAAUUCGCAUGCUUUCAAACGAUCGACUUGCGGUCGGGACUGACGUUUGGAAUGAAGUUGUUCGGUUUGCCCCAAUCCAACGCCACCGUGCUCGCAUACACCACCGAUACGGACGUCGUUAAUUUGUGCGUUAGACAAGAGGAGGGCGAUUCUUUCCCCAUCUUUGUCCAUGUCGAACAGUUGAAAGGACACUGCGAUUGGGUCCGUGGUUUGGACCACAUCCGGCUACCAGACAGUGAGGAUUGCUUACUAGCCAGCUCAUCUCAGGAUACAUUCAUCCGAUUGUGGCGAAUUUCGCCCAGAGCUUCAUUGCAGAAGCAGAAACAGAUCGAUGAAAUCCUUCUAGACGAGGACAUUACGCUCGAGGAACGCACAUUUACCGUUCGUACUGCUUCUGGAAGCGAAUACCACUAUGCUCUGUCCCUGGAGUCCGUACUUCAAGGGCACGAAGGGUGGGUGUACGGAGUGCACUUCCGCAUACGCGACAACCAGCUACAUCUGCUGUCGAGUUCGAUCGACAAAACCCUUACCGUAUGGACACCUUCCGAGAGUGGCGUUUGGGUUGAGAGUGUUCGCGUGGGCGAAGUUGGAGGCUCAUCGCUCGGAUUUUAUGGUGGUAAAUUGUCGCCUGACGGUCGGUCCAUCAUCGGGCAUGGAUUUCAAGGAAGUUUUCAUCUGUGGCACGAAGAUCCCGCGCAGCCGGGCCUCUGGAACCCGGGGACGAUCAUCGGAGGGCAUUUUGGUGGAGCGAGAGACCUUGCUUGGGACCCAACCGGAGGAAUGUACGUGAUGACGCUCUCAGCGGAUCAAACCACACGUGUCCACGCCCCGUGGCUCCGCGGCGACGAAGUUACUUGGCACGAAAUAGGCCGCCCACAGGUGCACGGUUACGAUAUGCAAUGUUUAACGUUGCUCUCGCGCUAUCGGUUGGCGAGUGCGGCUGAGGAGAAAAUAAUACGAAUUUUUGAAGCCCCAUCCAAUUUCGUGCAAAAUUUUCGAACACUCUGUGGCAUUUCUGACGAUUCGGAGGGCGAUGAGAUUGUAAAAAGUCAGCCUAUGGGAGCAUCUGUACCGUCUUUGGGCCUUUCCAACAAAGCGGUAUUUGAGAUUGAGCAACCCGAAACGGAAACCCGCCAUAUUAAGGAUAUGUACCCGGAACAUUAUUUCAGUCCGAUUACUAUGAGCUCACCGCCGGCAGAAGAAACGCUUAUGCAAAACACGCUGUGGCCAGAAGUCCAGAAGCUUUAUGGUCAUGGAAAUGAAAUUUACGCAAUUGCAUGUACCUAUGAUGGGAGCCUCAUUGCGUCUGCUUGCCGAGCGACCUCAGCAGAUCAAGCUCAGAUUAUACUCUGGGACACAAAUACCUGGCGAAUCGUACAGCAGCUGACUGCCCAUCAAUUGACAGUGACACAGCUUGCAUUCUCGCCCAAUGGACAAUUUCUUCUAUCUGUGUCUCGCGAUCGAACGUUUUCCGUAUUUCAUCGGGUAGCAGUAGAACAGGAAAGGAAAGAAUUCAAGCUGUUUAUGCGCUCCGACAAAUCAAAAGGAGUGCACACGCGCAUUAUUUGGUGCUGUGACUGGUCGCACGACUCGGAAACGUUUGUUACGGGUUCUAGGGAUGGAAAGGUGGUGGCCUGGACGAAGUCCCAGGAACAAUCAAGUGGAUCGGCGACCCAUUUCAUACAGAAAGCUAUUUUGGAGCUCAAAAAUGAAUCAAUAACAGCUGUCGCAUUUGGCAGAAUGAUGCUUUCGGAAAAACGGUACUUGGUGGCCGUUGGAUUGGAGAGUGGUGCAAUCAAAUUGUACACGCUAGGACAGUGGGAUCUGCAGCUAACUAUUGCUGAAAAAGAUGCACAUCAUAUGACGGUCAAGCGCCUUUCAUUCCGACCACACGUGGCGAACCACCAACUGGCAAGUUGUGGUGAGGAUGGUCUAGUUCGAGUUUAUGCUAUAGAAGUAUAG